UUGCCCUGAGACGCAUACUUCGCCUUCGCGCGGAAGGCUGCUUGAUUGGAGGGAGAGAGAGAGAGAGAGAGAGAGAGAGGCAUGCGGACGAGGAGAGGCCUCUGCUACCCCAGGCCGCAGUGGGCGGUAGAGGAGGAGGAGGAGGAGGAGGAGAGCAGGAGUAGGAAGAGGAGGCGGUGGCUCCCGGUCGGAGGAGACGACUCCGUGCCGGGGAUGGCGGCGGAGAACCCCGCCGGAGACAGGCCCGACUUCUUCGACGGCCUCCCCGACGACCUCGUCGUUUCCAUCCUCUGUAAACUAAGCGCUUCGGCCGCCUCCCCUUCCGAUCUCGUCAGCGUGCUCAUAACAUGCAAGAGACUGCACGGAUUGGGAACGAAUCCGCUGGUUCUGUCCAAGGCCUCGGCGAAAUCGCUUGCGAUCAGAGCCAAGAACUGGUCGGAAUCCACGGACAGGUUCUUCAAGCGGUGCGCCGACGCCGGAAACCUCGAAGCUCGCUAUAUCCUGGGCAUGAUCCGUUUCUACUGCCUUCAGGACCGCGCGAGCGGUGCGUCACUGAUGGCGCAAGCGGCGAUGGGCUCCCACGCGGCGGCUCUGUACUCCCUUGCAGUGAUCCAGUUCAAUGGCAGCGGCGGAUCCAAGGGGGACAAGGACCUGCGCGCGGGGGUCGCCCUGUGCGCCCGGGCGGCCUUCCUCGGCCACAUCGACGCGCUGCGGGAGCUCGGCCACUGCCUCCAGGACGGCUACGGCGUCCGCCGCAACGUCGCCGAGGGCCGCCGCUUCCUCGUCCAGGCCAACGCGCGAGAGCUCGCCGCCGUCCUCAGCGCCUCCUCCGCCCCACCCUCCGCGUGGCACCACCACCACCGUCACUUACUCGCGUCGGGCUGCUCCCUCCUCAGCGACUUCGGUUGCAGCUUACCGGCCCCGGAGGCGCACCCGGCCAACCGGUUCAUGGUGCAGUGGUUCGCCUCAAAUGGGACAGGGGGCGGCUCGGGGGACGAAGGGCUGAGGCUCUGUUCCCACCGCGGAUGCGGCCGACCGGAGACGCGACGGCAGGAGUUCCGCCGCUGCUCCGUAUGCGGCGCGGUCAACUACUGCUCCAGGGCGUGCCAGGCGCUCCACUGGAAGCUGGCCCACAAGGCGGAGUGCGCUCCCACGGAGCGGUGGCUCGACGCUGGCGGUGCUGGUGAGGCGGUCGUGAUGGAUUGAGUGCCAUCCGGCGCUUCAAAGGUCCGGUCUUUUUUUGUUGGGUCUCUCGUUACUGUUUUCCUCUCCGUUUUUGUACAUUAGGCCAAAACAAAAUAAUAAUAAUAAUUUUCAAAAUACA